AUGAACAGCUACAGGAGACACUCCGCGUCGUUCUACGUCCUGGACGCUGCUGCAUGCGGCGGAGACUUCUGCGCGUUGUGGAGAGACCUAGAGUUUGCGCCUACGGAGGAUAUCGUCAUAAUAAGCAUAAAGAAUGACUCGAGGAGGGACAACCAUCUUAGGACGGCAAUCAAAGCAAAGUUAGAACAACGCGCAUGUCCAGAUGGUGAGCACAUGUGUGGUGAGAAGGACCAGUACGAACUGGUGGAUCCCAACUUCCAAUUUGAAGGAAACUCAUUUAUCCUUAUGGUCAGAGCAAAACUGCGCAAGGACAUCUGCCAGGUGCACUGCAAAAAUGUUAAGUUGCGGGUGAGGAGAUGUUAUGGGAAAAGCUACAGAAGGACGAUGCGGCACUACUUUAACCAUUUCAUGACGCGGACGCCCGCACUUGGGGGGGACAGCCCUGAGCAAGUGGGGGUGGAGCAGCUGGAGACAGAGCGCAUGGGACAGCGGAUGACGGAACGGAUAAUACGGCGGAUGACAGAGCAGAUGGCCAAGCCGAGCAGAGCGAGUCAGUCACCCACCCGCCCCCCCCGCAGAUGCGCCCGGCGCCGCAGUGAAGGGACGAAUGGAUGUGCCAAGAUCGAAGCGGAGGGAGACACAGAUGCGAGAGCAAAAAGGCACGACGAGAACGUUGUUACCUGCGUCACGUUUAUGUUUAAAGGUGUCACUCUCUGCGUUUGUCUGUCCAACUUUGAUAUGGAGAAGCAUGUGGAGCGGGGCGAGUACUACAGAUGUUUGCUCGGCGGAGGGAGGCGGCGCGGCAGUGGAGAAAAUAGACCCGGAAGUGCUCCGAUGCAACGCGAGUGCCGCCCAGCCGACCCAAGAAGCAACUACGCUGAGGUGUACCUGGAAAACUACUUCCUCUGUUACAAGCAGAUGUAUAAUCAUUUCACAAGCAGCAUGUCUUUCGAGACAGACAAAGACGACCUUCACUUGUUUAGCAUGGACAUAGUAGUGCUACAGGGUUUCAACCCCUUGCUUCUUUUUAACCACUUAGUGGAGAGCAACCUACAUAACGACUCCCUCAUUUGGGGAAACAAUGUUUCCAUUUUAAAUAAGAGUGAAAAGAACCUGUUGCAGAAAAGGUCCUAUUUUACCUUAACAUGCUCAGGAAAAAAUGCCGAAUUUGUUUCCUUUGGCUUUAAAUUUUGCUGUGAUUUGUUUUUCCAAGUGGAGGUUAGCAUUGUUGAUGAUUUCUUUUUGUCGCACGUUGGGGAGGCCAGGCGGGGGGAAGGAGAACACCUGCACAUCGGGGUGAAACCCGAAGUUUUGGAGUUAGGCUCCGUCUAUACGUACCAAGUGUUUCAGGCGAGCUUCCAAUUGGAUUAUGUGAACGCAGGGGGUGAUAUCGGCCAGGUUUGCGAGAAGGGGGGGCACCUCGAAGGAUUAAGCAAUGGACAGCCGGAUGAGCAGAGACACCUCGAAGGAUCAGAAAAUCAACAGCCGCAUAACCGGGGACACCUCUCCUUCUCGAUCCUCUGCUUCGACUCAAAGAGGCAGUCCACCAUCCCAAUCAAUCUCUACUCGUAUCUCCACUUGAAGAAGAAUUCCAUUUUUAAGUACCUGGAGGAAAACGUCCGUUUUGGAAGCAGCCAAUCGAGCGGAAAGCGAAAGGAAUGUCGCCCCGCUCCUGCUGACCAACAGAACAAUGUCGACAUGCUGAGACACAUUUACGUGCAUCCCCACAAAGGGAUUGUAAAGCAGAAUGAACAGAAGAAAAUUCAGCUGAACAUUUAUGUAGACCACAUGCUAAAAAGGGAAGAAGUUGUAGAAGGCUCUUUCAUUUUAAUCAUUCGGAUCCACAGGUUUGGGAAGGACAUUAAACAGAUCUUUCUGACGUGUAGGUAUUCCCUUCAGGACAACAUCGUGAGUACACUUCUUCGGGACGAUCGCCCAUUGGUGAGAACACACAGGAGUAAUCACGCCGCAAUGAGGGGGAGGAGGGGGCCCAGGAAAACAACCACCGUGAAGACAAACUUGAGCUUGCACAGUAGGAGCAGAAGAAGCGGCUUCGGGACCUGCAAUCGUACGAAACGGUUGGACGAGGCAAAAGGGAGACCUUUCCUUCCAGUGAACAUCACCAAGUUUGUUUUGUAUUCCUUCUUUGCGAUCGAUCGGUAUGAGCAGGAGUUAGUCAGUGGGGUGGAAACUUCCCCAGAGGAAGUUCCCUCCAAGGAAGCAGAUCAACCGUUGCAUCUUCUGGGUUUGUCUAACCUACGCACGGACCAUCUGGUGUACUGCUUCAGUCCGACCUCUUCCUCCUCCACCGAAGGAGAAGACAAAAAAGCGGUUGAGUGCAACCUUAAUUAUCACUGGAAGAAGCAUUUUUUUUGUGUACAGUACCCACAGGAAAAACACAUCGAUGAGAAUUUUUUCCUCCAAAAUGAUAUCAUGCAGAGCAAUGUGAAGAGACAAAGUGGGAAUGUGCCAUUGGAGGUCCAUUAUUUAGUGAGCCAACUUCAAAGCAGCGGCAAAGUGGACCGAUCCAUCUGUGUGGGCACCAUUCUGUUCCUGUGGGAGGAACUCUUCAGGGUGUUAACCCCUCCAUUGGGAACCUUUGCAAAGGUCACCCAAAUGGUUACUCGUAUCUAUAACCAUCCCAGAUUAAGACGGCAAAGAAAAAUGCACUUGAUAUUUCGCGUCAUUGUAAAAAAAUCUCCGUCUGUGCUGUACAAGAAUAUAUUUUUGAUCCUCCUAUCCUUCCUGAAGAAGCUCUUUUUCUACUUCGCCUGUGUGUGUUUACACCGUCUUGGAGUCUCCUUGGGGGGGGGACAGAUUGAGCCGGGCGGGAUCAGCGGUGGUUCCUUUGGUACACAUUCCCCACUUGGCGCGCCCCGCCAGGUGGGGCCGACACUCUCCUUUCCGUUUUUCCUGCGCGCCUUCCACUUCUUUCACGUUUCCUUCCUCAGCUACGUCAGCACCUUCUUCCUCAGUUUUCUCGACCACCAAAUCGGCCUCUACUUGGCGCACUACCUACUAUUCUACGUGUAG